AUGAGCGACGAAUACGAGCAUCUAGGUCCACUUGGUGAUGCACAACCUCUAGGAAUAGGGCCUCCAGGUGCAGUUCCACUAUAUCCAGCUCCUUGUUCUCCACUACAGCCACCGCCUCCACCGCCGCCACCAUCACAACAGGGUGAGGCUCAACCGCGUUCCAAAACAACACCGCCAUGUGUCGCUCAGAACUCACCAAGAGAGCAAGUUCAAAAAAUGUCUGAAAAAAGCGAGGUAAAACAAGGUUAA